UGCGCGAAAAGCUGCCUACGAGGAGGGCGGGGCAGCGGCAGAACUGGUAGGCCCAAACCAACAACAUGGUGACCCGGGGACGCUACAGACGCCUCGUCUAAGGUGGUGUCAAGGGGGCCUAGCCUCUCUCAACUACCUCAGGUCGCCAUCGGCGCGCUCGCCAUGGCCCGGCACAGGAACGUGCGUGGCUAUAACUACGACGAAGACUUUGAAGAAGAUGAUCUUUAUGGACAGUCUGUAGAGGAUGAUUAUUGCAUUUCACCUUCAACAGCUGCUCAAUUCAUUUACUCAAGACGCGAUAAUCCUACUGCAUAUGCCGAGACAUUAGAAGAAAAAUAUGAUUAUGAAGCAGAACAUAGCAAUGAUUGUAUUCCAAGUCACGAGCUAACAGGUGCUGAAAAAGCUAAGCUUGAUUUGUGCCUUGAUCGCAUGAGAGAAGUGCUUGGAAAGUCUGUGCCUGAGAAAGUGAUGGUGGAAGCAGUAUUGAGCAGUAAAUUUGAUGUACAACAAGCUUUGGAUUCUGUACUUGCCCAAGACAAUAAGCAAAAUAAGAUCAAGAAUGAGGAUGCCAUAAUUGCAGGGAAGGCAACAAAAGGAAAAGUCAGAGAUUCCCAGACAAACAGAAUUGAAUCUGAUGUCGUGCCAAAAGUUACCAAAAUGACUGUGUCUGGAAAGAGACAAACUACUGGCUUUGAAGUUCCAUGUGUGAAUGCUGAAGAGAAUGGGCAUAUGCCACAGAAGGGACUCUCAGCUGGAGAUGCCAACGUGGGGGUUACUGAGAUUCUACCUAAACCAGCUUUUCCACCCCAGACUGUUCAAGCAUCAGAAGAACCAACCUUGACACCAACUUCAGUGAAAAAGUCCGGAAAAGCAAAACAGCAAAUAGAUGUGAAAGCUGAGCUGGAGAAGAGACAAGGAGGAAAACAUCUACUUAACCUUGUGGUAAUAGGACAUGUUGAUGCAGGAAAAAGUACCCUCAUGGGUCAUUUGCUGUAUCUUCUGGGCAAUGUGAACAAACGAACUAUGCACAAAUAUGAGCAAGAAUCAAAGAAAGCUGGAAAGGCAUCAUUUGCUUAUGCAUGGGUCUUGGAUGAGACAGGGGAAGAGAGAGAGAGGGGAGUGACAAUGGAUGUAGGUAUGACCAAAUUUGAGACAAAGACAAAAGUUAUUACAUUGAUGGAUGCUCCUGGCCAUAAAGACUUCAUUCCAAAUAUGAUCACAGGAGCUGCAAUGGCUGAUGUGGCUAUAUUAGUGGUGGAUGCCAGCAGAGGGGAGUUUGAAGCAGGAUUUGAGACUGGUGGGCAAACACGAGAACAUGGACUGUUGGUUCGAUCUCUUGGAGUCACACAGCUGGCAGUUGCUGUCAAUAAAAUGGACCAGGUCAAUUGGCAACAGGAAAGAUUUCAGGAGAUUGUUAGUAAGCUCGGGCAGUUCCUGAAGCAAGCUGGCUUUAAGGAGUCGGAUGUAGCUUAUAUCCCUACAAGCGGGCUUGGUGGUGAAAAUCUUGUCACAAGAAGUCAAGCGAGUGAGCUGACCAAAUGGUAUGAAGGAAAAUGCUUGUUAGAACAAAUAGAUUCUUUCAAGCCACCUCAAAGAUCAGUGGAGAAACCAUUCAGAUUAUGUGUAUCGGAUGUUUUUAAAGAUCAAGGAUCAGGAUUUUGUGUGACUGGUAAAAUUGAAGCAGGAUAUGUUCAAGUUGGAGAUCGACUGCUAGCGAUGCCUCCUAAUGAAACUUGCACUGUAAAAGGAAUUGCCCUACAUGAUGAACCAGUGGAUUGGGCUGCAGCAGGAGAUCACGUUAUUCUCACUUUGACUGGCAUGGAUAUCAUCAAAAUCAAUGUUGCGUGCAUAUUUUGUUGCCCCAAGGAACCUAUUAAAGCUUGCACACGUUUCAGAGCUCGGAUCCUCAUCUUCAAUAUUGAAGUUCCUAUCACCAAAGGAUUCCCUGUGCUUUUACAUUUUCAAACUGUAAGCGAGCCUGCCACUAUUAGGAGGUUAUUGAGUGUGCUUCACAAGAGUACAGGUGAAGUCACAAAGAAAAAGCCUAAGUGUCUGACUAAAGGACAGAAUGCUUUAGUAGAACUGCAAACACAAAGGCCUGUUGCUCUGGAACUUUAUAAAGACUUCAAAGAACUUGGAAGGUUCAUGUUACGCUACAGUGGCUCCACCAUAGCUGCAGGAGUUGUCACAGAGAUAAAAGAAUAACGACUGUGCCAGAACUUCUGCAAUCCAACCAAAUGAAAUCAUAUGUCCAAAUAGGCUUAUUUGAUGAAUCCAGUCAUAUCAGUGGAAGGAACAAAGGCAAUUACCUUUCUAAGAGGAGGAGAUGAAAUACCAGGUGUUCUUCAAACAUUUUGAAGCUGUCCUUGCUGCAAAACAGUAUGCCAAUAGGGAAAUACACGUUGCGCUUUCUUACUGCACAAGUUCCACUCUAUUUCCCAUUUAAACCAUCAUUGGUAACUCUAGAGGACCUUUAUGAAAAGUUUAUCAGAAUGAUGUGUUAAAGGACAAUGAUUCAUCAUGGGGGGAAAGCAUGUUACUUCCAGCCUUAAACAUUGUUUACAAAUUAUUUUUGGGUGGGGGGCACUGCUUACCUGCUGCACAUUAUUUCAUAAAUUAAUUCAAUUGGGCUAUAGCGUUCCAGAUUUUAUACAAAUACAUUUUCAAAGAACCCCGUUUCCUUCUGUUUCAGAAACCAUUAUUAACCAUUAAUUUCUUUCUGUUCCAAAUUAAUUUAAAACUUACUUGUGUAGCCCUAGUUAGUCCAGUAGUGGCUAUUUUUAUUUUUUUAGAUUGUAGAAGAAUAAAGUAGCUUGGCCUGAGCAUAAUA